ACGCGGUCUAUUCAUAAAGACAUGCGUAUUUGUAGCCAAUCAGAACAGCAAAUACGUGAGGUGGGGAAUCCCCGAUCUUCUGUGAAGACUCCGUUUUAGGUCACUAAGCUGCUCCAAGCAAAUGCCUGCCCGGUAUAAUUUUACGCUGAGUCACCACUUUUCAUUGUUACUGCGUCACUUGUUUGAGCUCAUUCGUCUCCCCAAAUCAUGAAGACAGCAAUGAUUAUUUGGAAUUUGGUGUGUUUUAUAUCCAUUUUUGCUAAUUUUGGUAUAGCAACUACAAAGCGUCGCAAUCCAGGGCCUAAUGAAAUAGAGAGAGUAAUUAAUGAGACACACUCAGUCAUGUGGAUUUGCAAAAAGGCAGAAUGUCCUCCAGGAUUAGGACUAAAUGUACACUGUGGGACCAGCAUACCAUUCAGCAUGCCAAUCAAGUGUGUCUCUUGUGUGGAAGGAGUAAAUUUUUCAGACACUACUCAUUCCACCUGUAAAGGUUGCAAAAUAUGUGGCAAGAAUGAGAAGAAAACUGGAAAGUGCACCUUAGAAGAGGAUACCACAAAUUGUUCAGGAAUCUGCUACAAAGGAUUUUAUAUGGAUGCAAUCAGUGGUGAAUGUCAUCCAUGCAGUGAUUGCUGUGGACAAAGUGACAAAUAUCAUGAAAAACAGUGCGAGGACUCUGGAUUGCCUAGUAGCAAACAAUGCAGGGUACAUAAUUUAAAAUGUUUUGAAACAACCACCAAAAGCUCUGCUGAAAGCAAGGACCAUGACAAAGACCAGAAAGGUCUUGAGGUAUCGGAAAUUGUAGCUAUUGGGUUUGGUAUAAUUGUGUUCACAGCCAUUGUCAUUUUUGGGAUCCUUAUUGUUCGCUAUGGCUGGGAUGCGAUCAGAAGUACCUUUGUAACAUUUUUUUGUUAUUGCUGCCAUCUUGAAGCAUCAAAUGGCCAAGGAAACACAAUGUAUUUUGAUGGAGCAGAUGGCCAAGUACAGAGAUAUGAGCAUGACCCUCAACAAGGCACAGGGAAGAGCGAACACAAUUUCACAGGAACUCCUGAGAGGACUACUGACCCAGAGUUAUCAGACUUGCUAGAUCAAUACCAAAUACAGUUUCGACCUCCAGCUAAAACAGAGAAAACCCAAAGAGGAUUCUCUCGCUCAUUUUCACAUCCAGGAGCUCUUAAUCCCAUUCUCCAAAAGGAAACAUCAAAUUCCAAUUGUAUCCCUCUCCAGUGUUUUGGAAGUCCAAAACCUAAGAAAUUACUAUGGAAAAGAGAAUACAGUCUUGUAGCGGCUGAGCUUUCAGAUGAGGCUGUCUUUACCAGGAAUUCCUCAAUGUCCACUAUUGCCAGGGUUCAACCAGUGAAACCAGAGAGAUUUGCCAAAUCAUUAGUGAAAACUCAGCAUACUUCAACAAAUGGCCUCUAUCUUGCUGUAACAAGUGAAACCUCUCUGAAUGGCAUUCCACAAGAUUUCCAGAAUAACCUCUUGAGCAAAAAGAUGUCUUCUAUCCCAUACAAAUAUUAUUCAAGGAUCUGUGUAAAGCUUAAUAUAAAGCGUUUUGCUUUUGAUGACUUUCGCCUUCUUGCAGAAGAGAUUGGAUUUACCCGAGAUUUUAUUUUGUGGUUUGGCCAGUUAGAAAACCCAACUGAUCAAAUAAUAACCAAGUAUAAUACCCAGGAGGGUAGCUGUGUUGGCAAAUUUCGGGAAAUGCUUGAAGGAAUGAAAAGGAGUGAUGUUGUAGAUAUAAUUGAUGAGUGGGUUCAGUAUGAAUGGUUGAAACAAUGUGAUUCCUCAACAGUAAAUAGAAGGCCAAAGACAUAUGUUUGACUUUGUUUAGAUCAAGUUUGUUUAAAGUGUUUAUAGUGACAAUUACAUGUUUAGAUCAUGUAUGUUUAAAUUGUUUAUAGUGACAAUUACAUGUUUUUUUUUUGCAGAGUCAGUUUGUAAACCAUUGAAAUUCAUGAUCAUCUAAUGUAUCUUUGUGUAUAAUUCAUUUAAUUAGGCUGAUUUAUGGUUAGUACAUUUUAUGUUAUCAAAUUGAACUUUACUUGGAAUUUUUUUGUUUUUGUAUAUUGGGGGUUUUUGUUACCUCCUGAGCCUUUUUAGACCAAAAAUGAUGCUGGCAUUUUACUAAUUAGUUUAUGGUAUUUGCUAUUUGGUAGUGUGCUUUGGGAAAGAUGCUUUGAAAAUAAAAAGGGGAAAAAAGCUAUAUUGUAUAAGGUACUUUGAGUGAGGUGCUUUAAAAAAAUUGCACUAUGGUAUUUGCUAUUUGGUAGUGUGCCCUGAGCAAGGUGCUUUUAAAAAAAGAAACUGCUUUAUGGUAUUUGCUAUUUGGUAGUGUGCUUUGAGCACGGUGCUUUAAAAAAAAAAGGAAUUGCUUUAUGGUAUUUGCUAUUUGGUAGUGUGCUUUGAGUAAGGUACUUUGAAAAAAAAGGGGAAAAAAUUUGCUUUAUGGUAGGUUAAUUACUUCCAGCAAGGUGCUCUGAAAAAAAAAAAUUGUUAUUUGGUAGUGUGCUUUGAGGAAGGUGCUUUGGAAAUAAAAGGAAAAAAAUCUCUACUUGGUAGUGUGCUUUUAACUAGGUGCAUCUAAAAAAACCAAAUAGCUUUAUGGUAUUUGCUAUUUGGUGGUGUGCCUCACAAAAAGGAAAUUGCAAUAAUUGUUGUGUACAUUGAGCAAGAUGCUUUAAAAAAUGAAAUUGCAUUAUGAUAUUUGCCAUAUGGUAGUGUGCUUUGUGUAAGGUGUUUUAGAAAAAAUUGCUAUGUGGUAUUUCCUAUUUGAUAGUGUGCUUUGAAAAAAAAGAAAUUGCAAUAUGGUAUUAGGUAUUCAGUAAUGGGCUUUGAGCAAGGUGCUUUUGAAAAAAGAAAUUGCUACAUGGUAUUUGCUAUUUGGUAGAGUGCUUUUAGCAAGGUGCUUUAGAAAAGAAGAAUUUGCCAUGUAGUAUUAGCUAUUCAAUAGUGUGCUUCUAGGAAGGUGCUUUAAAAAUGAAAUUGCUUUAUCAUAUUGCUAUGUGGUAGAGUGCUUUGAGCAAGGUGCUUUAAAAAUGAAAUUGCUUUGUCAUAUUGCUAUGUGGUAGAGUGCUUUGAGCAAGAUGCUUUAAAAAUGAAAUUGCUUUAUCAUAUUGCUAUGUGGUAGAGUGCUUUGAGCAAGGUGCUUUAAAAAUGAAGUUGCUUUAUCAUAUUGCUAUGCAGUAGAGUGCUUUGAGCAAGGUGCUUUAAAAAACAAAAUUGGGUUAUUAGUAUUGGCUAUUUGGUAGUGUGCUUUUAGCAAGGUGCUUUUAACAAGGUGCUUUCUGUAAGUUGCUAUAAAAAAGGAAAUUGCUUUAUGCUAUUUGCUAUUCAGUAGAGUGCUUUGAGCAAGGUGCAUUAAAAAAAGAAAUUGCUAUUGUUGUAUUUGCUAUUUGGUAGUGUGAUUUUAGCAAGGUGCUUUAUUAAAAAGAAAAAAAAAGAAAAAAAUUGCCAUAUGUUAUUAGGUAUUUGGUGGUAUGUUGCUUUCAUUAUGUUGCUUUAAAAAAGAUUUUAAAAAAAUUGCUUAAUGGUAUUAAUUUUGCUAUUUGCUACCUAUAUAGUGUGCUUUGAGCAAGGUGCUUUAAGAAAAAUAAAUUGCUAUGUUGUACUUUCUAUUUGGUAGUGUGCUUUUAGCAAACUGCUUUUAAAAAGAAAAAAAAAAAGGAAAAAAUUCCCAUAUGUUAUUAGCUAUUUGGUGGUGUGCUUUCAUUAUGUUGCUUUAAAAAAGAUUUUAACAUUGCUUAAUAGUAUUUGCUAUUUGCUAGUGUGCGUUGAGCAAGGUGCUUUAAAAAAAUGAUAGCAGAAAACACUUCAGUUUGUCUUCAGAUAUUUUUCAAAUGAUUAGGCUAUUUUUUAUGUGCACAGUACUGUCAAACUAAUAAUGCUCGGAAAUUAUUGCAUGAGAUGUGUAUUAUGUGAAAUAAGCUUGAUAAAUAUUUUUGUAAUCCAGGACUAAUUCUAAUGCACAAAAUUAAGAGUAGUAGAUAUCUUUUGCACAUUUUCCUCAGUACACAUUAUGAAUUCUGAUAGAGUAUGUAUAUCGCAUAUAGUUUCGUUAAUUCUGGAGAAUUUUUUGCUACAUAUUUUACAGUGAUAUAACUAAGCGUGAAUUUUGCAAGGCAAAGAACUUACUUGACAAUGAUUAAGAAUUAGUGCUAUUAAUUAAUUAAUUGUAGUUAUCGUUUCUAUCAGCCAUUUUACAAGUUCUGACUUUCUUUAACCUUCCAUUUAAAAUUUAAUAUUUAUAUGUAACCUGUCACAUGUAGAGAAAAAGUAUUUAUUUUUUUGCUUAAAACCAAUAUUUAUAACCCGACAGAGAAAUUGGCUGUUCAAUAGGAGUAGAUUUAUUGCAUGACUAAGUGCAUUUGGUAAUGUGGGUAUCUUUUUUAAGGGAAACUGAAAUAGCUAUCAGUGAUGUGCACAAUAAAAUUUUUAAUGAA